CGACACGAGGUUCGCGGAAUUCGCACGUCAAGUAAGAGACUCCGUGAACCAGAUGGUAGGGAAUAUAAUUCUGAGACACUGGAAUUCGAAUUCCACUCUGAACCGAUAUCGGUACAAGACCUGGGUGGAUGCCAGAAGUAACAUGACGAUGGAAAUCGAUGAAGAAAUCGCGAGAAUACGUGUAGAAAAUAAAGAUCCUCAGUGGCUCUGCGUAUCGGCAUCAAGGUUCGCUUGGGAAUUGUCAAGAUUGCAGGGAUCCAUACUUGUCGAUCGAUUCAGCCACGAUCGACCGUCGAUCGAACUUCUCGCCAACGACGAUGUGCACAAAAGUCAGAAAAUGUGUUUUGAGGCAUUAACACACGCUGUGGAACACAAUCAUCAGCUAAACAUCACACUGGCAGUCGUCGACGAGAUCUAUAACUAUCCCCAAUUGUACUGCAAGAAUGAUAUUGAAAAUGUCGGCCAUAUUGUUCCAAUCUUUUGCAAAUGCAAUGGCACAAUAUGCGCUACGCACUCCAUCCCUCAUGUAUACUGGCACAAUUAUACUUUGGUUCAAGAAGAAAAUGGAACGUACAAAGUCACGUGUGAUUAUUCCCCUAAGGAUGGCUGGCUAUGGACGUGACAAAGUCACGUGAUUAUAUAUUUGUCAAAAAUUUUCAGAUUGUGGUAUAAUGUUAUUGUAUGUUUAUUAAAAAAAAUUUUAUGAUGC